GCAGCUUUGGGUUGAGGAGUGAUGACAAAGUGUUGGCGAUCAGACUCAGUUUGUCUACAGGAAGUGUUGAGCUGACAUAAGGCUGCACUGGGAGUUUGUCUUUGUUUGAAGAGCGUCUUUCCUCAGAAGGAAACCGGUGGAAUGACUGUUUGCUUUAUCAAACAUGACAAACUACAACCCACCAACACACCCAGCGGUUCAGAACAGUUCAGACGAUCUGCGCAGACAUUAGAGAGCAGGCGGACCGCUCUGUGUCCAUGUAGACCUGAGCACCAUCAUGUCCAUCAACGUGACUCUGAAGAGGAUCCUCAACCUGCCGGGGCGGCACGACAGGAAGGUCGAGCUCUGCUUCAGAGGUUUCACCUACAAAACCAGAAUCCUGCAGUGUGAGAAUGUGGCCAUCUUCAACGAGGAUUUCCGCUGGCCGCACUACGGCAAAGACAUCACGGAGGAGGUUCUACACGUCAGCGUUUACAACUGCAGCCGGAUCUUUACGGACAGGCUGCUGGGUCAGAUGGUCAUCAGUCUACAGUAUGUACUUACAUCUGGCAGCUUGUUGCUACGGGAACCGCUCACUGACAUCAACCACAGCCCAACAGAUAUCUAUGUGGAGCUGGACAUACGAUUCCAGCCAGUGGAGGGAGCACCAGGACGCUGGAAGGACCUUGACUUUGUGACGGAUGAAGACAAUCAAUCUGCUCUGGUCAUCAGGAAUGAGGGAGUUGAUGACACUGACAG